CUGCAUGGUUCUCAGUCUGUCAUUGUGAAUUCUUCUCUUAAGAUUAGAAGAUCAACAAAGUAGCAUUAAUGGCGACAAUCAUAACAAAAGAGCAGCAGGAGAAGGAGAAGAUGGUGACACUGGUGAGCUCUGAUAGCGAGAAGUUUGUUGUUGAACAAAAGGUUGCAGAGAAAUCUCAUGUAAUCAAGAUGGUCAUGAACUGUUGUGGUAUUGAGUCACCGAUCCCAGUUCGACGAGUUAAGGGUGAUAUCCUCAAGUCAAUCCUUGAGUAUUGUGAGAAGCACAGCAAGGGAGAAGCGCAGGAGGUGAUGGAGAAGUGGGAUAAAGAAUACAUGGAUAAGGCCGAGAAGGACCUUGUUUUCUUCCAUGAUUUAAUGCUGGCCUCUCACUUCUUGCAUAUCCAGGAACUAGUAGAUCUUAUAGCCGUAACUUUUGCAGGCAUGCUAAAGAUGAAAAGCCCGGAAGAGAUACGUCAAAAGUUUAACAUUAAUAAUGACCUCACCAAGGAGCAAGAGGAGCACAUCAUGACAACGUUUGGAUGGGCUUUCCAACCAAUUUAGUGUGCGUGUGUAUAUAUAUAUUAAUGUU